ACGGCAUCUGAUCGAUCUGCAGCGCAGCACCCCGACGUCCGACAGUACAGUGCAGUGCCUGGGUAAAAAAGAGGCAAAACAUCAUCUUAAAGUCAACUUUAAGGAGAAAGGAUGUCGAUGUCUACUGAAUUAACACAGCUGGCAGAACAGUUUGCAACAGUGACCGGCUCAACAACCGAAGUGGGUCUGCGUAUGCUUGAAGUAUGUAAUGGCGACCUAGAGAGGGCGAUCUCCAUGCAUUUGGACAACGUGGUUGAUGUAGAUGCUAUCCAGACUAAAAAUGCCGUUGCUACUUCCUCCCAACGUUCGGCUGCUGGUCCAUCAAUACCCCCUGAUGAUUCGGUUCGACCUCCAAUACCAAGUAAAAUGGAUACAUUGGUUGAAGAUGUUCCCACAUUUGGUCCGAUUCCUAGACAAAGAAGGGCAAGGCAGUCAGUGUUUGAUGGUUUACGUGAUUUUCAAGCAGAAACAAGACUUCAGGAGGAGAUGAUACACAAUCCAAAAUCUUCAUCAAAAAAGAGAACGUUGGAAGAUCUAUUCAGACCACCACUUGACCUCAUGCACAAGGGAACAUUUGUGACGGCAAGAGAAGCAGGCCAGGUGCAGGGCAAGUGGCUGAUGGUCAACGUUCAGAACGUCAGGGAAUUCAGCUGCCAGCAGCUCAACAGAGACAUCUGGAGUGAUUCUACUGUGAAGAGUAUUAUCAGGGAGUCUUUCAUCUUCUGGCAGGUUUAUCAUGAUAGCGAAGAAGGGCAGCAGUACAUGCGGUUUUAUAAAGUCACAGAAUUCCCUUAUGUGUCUAUACUAGACCCAAGAACAGGAGAGCAGAUGGCAACCUGGCACAGAAUAGAGAGCGAAGCUUUCUGUGAUGUUGUGAUGCAGUUCUUAUGCGACCACAAAAUGGAUAUCCCGGACAUCGUUCCUCUAUCUCCGCCGGCCGAUAGCCCGUCAUCGUCCGCACCACCUGCCAAAAAAGUUAGAACAUCCAGCAUUAUAGAUGCUAGCGAAGAGAGCCAGAUAGAAGCUGCCAUUGCCGCAUCCUUGGCAGAAGCAGAAGCAGCUCAAACCAAAUCUCCAAACCAACCCAAAGCAAAGUCCAGCAUCAUUGACAUUGAAUCCGACUCCAGUGACGACGAUGAUGACGAUGCUGUGGAGACGAUAGAGAGCGAUUUUGCCUUCAGUGACUCGGAACCCUCAAGCGAUGCAGUGUAUCAGACGACCAGUAAGACUAAACCAGCACACGGUAAUAUUAAGAGGACAAGUGUAAUUGUUAAUGCCUCUCCCAAAGAAGACGUGGUUCACGAGGUGGAUGAUGAUGAGAACGAAUCCACCGUGAAACACCAGAGAACAGAAUCAAAGGAAGCUAAAUCGAACGGACAGGUUGCAUGCAAGGGAAAGAAGGUAUCAAAGUGCAAAGGAAAGGCAAGGACUGAAAAUGUGGAUAGCGAAGGGAAGGGAUCGGACAGUAAGGAAGCAGAGGUCGACGGUGUCGAUGGUGAGAAGCAGAACGACGAUGGGGGUAGAUUAUCAGGAGUUGAUGAGGGGGCUGAUGAUGAGGAAGCGAGGGAGGACGAGAACGAAUCGGCUGUAAUCUCAGGUCCAACUACUGAAAUCCUGUUGAGAUUUCCAGAUGGAAGAAGAAAGCAGGUGUGUUUGUCAGCUUCAGCGUCGCUAAAGUCCCUGGUUAAAUGUGUCGCAAAGGAAGGGUUUAAAGAGGAGAAGUACGAACUGGUCACAAACUACCCUCGUCGUCGUCUCUCGGCCUUAGACUUGACGACCAGCCUCUCAGAUGCAGGACUCUGUCCCCAAGAAAGCAUCUUUGUCCAGGAACGGUAGCAGACUUUAUGCCUUUCAGAAGAUUGGAAAGUAUGGCAUCAUGAGCUCUUGGGAUAAGACUUACUAGUUUAAAGGCUUGGCAUAAACCUAACAUGUAUGAGCUGUUGCUUAAAGGGGAAGCCCACUAAAAAUAGCAGAAAAAUGAUUUUAAAAAUAUUGUUGAAUGUUUGAGGAAAAUCCAUCAAUGAUCGAAAAAUUUAUUUGAAGUUUAAUUUGUUAUUUGUGACGCCAUAUAGAAGCAGCUUUCCAUGUAUCCCAAAUUUGAAAAAUCAAUGAAAUUUCAUUUUCUCAACAAAUUGUGAACACUUUUUUAUAUAUCCUACAUAAAUUAAAACAUGUAUGCUCAUUGGUUUAAAUAGCAUCAUGUGACCAAACAUAUUCUCACUAUUUUGCAAUGAUGUCGAAAAUGAAACGCCCACCAAAGAAAAUGUGCUAUUCCGUGACGUCAAUGAUGGAAUAGUCGACUAUUCCAUCAUUGACGACACAGAUCAUGAUGGCGCAAGCACUAAUACGCGUUCCGCACGCUGAGCGUGUGGCUAAGCGCUUCAGGGAAAUUAGGUCAGUCAGCGCAGCAGGUUUGGUUCUGAUUAAUAAAGGAUGAACUUAGAGUACAAGAACUAGAUUAUCAAGAUCUAUUGCUCUAACUUAUUAAAGUAGGAUAUAAAACAAAAAUACCAGGGG